AUGAUCGACGUUUCAAGAGCGCCGGAUUUCUCCAACUGCGUGGGCAUGAAUUCCAUGUCGAUGUCCGACCAGGACCCGGGGCCCGUGGCCGGGGCCAGAGGUCGGCAGAGGUCUCACUCCUACUACAGUCCAGAGGACAGCAAGAAAUACGGCCCGGAGACCCCGACGGAGGAGACCUUCACGAGGCCUCGCUCCAGGUCCUUUUACAGCUACGAGCCGACGGAGCUCGACUCCGAAUGCGACGUCUCGAGGUCCAGCCCGCUGAGGCCAAGGGUCGCCUCCCUGAUUCAGUACCAAGUGAACAAAAAGGAAAAGAGAGAAGGGGGCGUGGCUGGUGCUGGAGUCAGCUCCAAGAAGCCCAAGUCCAAACGAAUCAAGCACUCACAAAAAGGAGAUCAUAAUGGCAGUAAAUGCAAUCUCAAGCCGGUGUGCAUGAUGACCAUCUCUGAGUCAGACAACUGGGAAAUUAACUCCUGUUCUGGGAUGAAGUAUGGGCAGUUUGUGGACUGGGAGAAGAUCGACCCUGAAGCUGCAGUGCGAUACCAGCAGAUCCUGCAGAGUGACCAGCAGCAGCUGAAGACAAUGGGCCGUGAAGGAUUCUGGGCCACGCCGCACACACUGAGGGCCAAAGCGUACUACCACAUCAUCCACAGCAUCAACUCUAGCAGGUGUAUCGUGCCAGACAGAAAUGUCUACUAUGAAGUAUCCAAGACGCACUUUGGAGAACAGAAAAUCAGCACACAUGCGGUCCCAGACUACAUGGAGGCGGCAGAAAUACCCAGAUACUGUCUGAACAAAGCGGGCCUGAACUCUGUGAAAAAGAUCCUCAUCUGCCUCGGCAAAUGCUUCCCAGACAUGAAGUUCUGCCCCAUCCUGGCCGAACUGGUCUCCCUCCUGCUCCACUUCAGCGAGGACGAGGCCGAGUGUUUCCACAGCGUGUCCCGGCUCAUCUGCUACGACGACCCCAACAAGCGCUACAUCGACCAGACCUUCCUCACCUACCGCGCUUCCUGCAUGACCUUCGGCGACCUCGCCAACAGGUGCUGCAGGGGCAUCCGCAAGCUCAUCGCCAGCUCCCACCAGAACCUCUUUGAGUUCUACUCCGACUGGACCAUGUGGAUAUUCGCCGACCUCCCCUUCACGUACGCCAUCAGAGUGCUGGACGUCUACCUAUCGGAGGGCUACAAGGUCCUCUACAGGGUGGCGCUGGCUCUGCUCGGCCUCUACAAGGUGUCCGUGUCAUCGAGGGUGGCCGACGUGGAGGACUUCCGCACGGACAUGAAGAGGUUCGUCCAGAGCGUGGCGCGCCACUGCACCGCCGAGGAUCUGCUGCAGAGGGCCUUCGCGAUCCGGAUGGCCACGCGGAGGGAGCUCAACCUGCUGUUCAACGCCAACGUGGACGCCCUCAUGCAGAAGGGCGUCGGCACGCACCAGAGGAGGCAGUCGGUCGAGACGGUGAACUUCGGCAGCGUCUCCUCCUGCGUUGUGACCGGGACCGAGAUGAGAGUCGUCUGGGCCUGGAUCCCCGAGCGCUUCGCCCUCUUCAGCCCCACCCGGCUGUUCAGCACGGCGGAACACGGAAGAAGCCUCGCAUCAUUCUAUUCACAUGUGGAGGGAAACGAACCAGCGGUCUUGAUUAUCAAAACGAUGAGUGAAGAGGUCUUCGGCGCCUUCCUGUCAACGGAUGUGAUAGAAAGAAAGAAGCACGACUCCGAAGGACUCACGUAUUUUGGAACCGGGGAAUGCUUCGUUUUCACCCUGCGUCCCAGCAUGGAGCGCUACCAGCAGCCCAUGGUCAACAUCAUGACCAGAGCGCCGACCCCUCAGAUGACUCGGGACGGCGGUUCGGCCUCCUCUCCGGUGCCUCCCAUCCCAGCCCGGCCUCUGACCUGUCCCGCCGGAACCCCCCAGGACCCCAGCAGCCUGACCACCCCCCUCACAGCCCCAUCGCAGGAGCACACCACGGCCAAAGAGCUGAGGAGACCCAAGGAGCAGGAGGCCUCCAUGUUCAUCGCCUGCAGUGACAGUCAGCUCAUAAUCGGUGGUGAUGGAGGAACCGCACUGUGCCUGGAGGAAGACCUAGAGGCGGGGCACUCCGAGCCUUGUGACACCUUCAAGAGCACCCGACUCUGCAAGGGACAUUUCAAGAUCCAGGCCCUGGAAGUGUGGGGCAUCCAGAACACUAUUUCGUUUUCUCACACUUUUCUCUCUCAGUAGACCCAAGAAAGAGAGAGAUGCUGUGGGACUUGUGUAUUUUUUAGGGGGAAAAACCUGGAGCCAUUUUUUCCACCAUGCUUUUUCGUUGGACCUGAUUUUUAUGUAAAUUGUAUUAUUUAUUUUUGGAAUGCACAUGCAUCCACAUGGCAUGGUUUCUGUAGCAUGCAACGACAUCUGCUGUAAUGAUUCCCAUCUGUUGCAGCAAAAAAACAUACUUUACCUGGAUGCAUACACUUCCACAUGAUAUUUUGUUAUUAUUUCCGUUUAUUUGCAUUUUAUAAUAACUUGCUAAAUAUUAAGAUGUGUUCAGUGGAUCAUAUUUUCCUCUGUCUUAUAACUUAUUCAGACAUAAACCUGUUGUGAACAUGAUACUUUAUACUUUGUAAUGGGCUGGAGAAUAAAAACUGAAAGGUAAAGUUUUUUCUUUUCAUCAAAUCCUUACGUUGUACAGAAUGUUCGUCAUGCAUUCGUCUCAUCAGAUAUCACACCACAUAAAAAUUUAGAUACAAUAUUAAUGAACAACUCUUUAAAGAAGACAUAUGCUCAUUUUAAGACCCACAUUUGUAUUUAGGGUUUCCACCAUAACACGUUCACAUGCUUUGAUGUAAAAAAAAGCAUAUCAUUGUUCUCACAUUGUCUAUGUGAAUAACCUUGUAUACCCCUUCUGUCUGAAAUGUUUCUUUUCAGCUGUUUCUGUGGUCUGUGGUCUGAGGAUUGACAUGCAGAGGCUCAAUAUGGUUUUGUCGCUGUGCUAGUUGCUGUAUUAGUAUCAAAUGCAAAUAAACUGAAAUAAUAAGAAAAUAUCAUGUACAUGUAAAUAUCAUGUCUAACAUAUUAUGGCAAUAAACGUUUCCUGAUUCCUUUAUUUGGGAUUUUCUAUAUCUUCACUUAAUGUUUACUUUGCAUGGCUGUUUAUAUAAAUAUGUCAAAUAACACCAUAAUCCACAGUUAUGGAAGGGAGGGGUAUGCCAAAGACUUGUUUUUACAUGGAUGUUGUCAGAAAUGUCCUGAACAAA